GAGAUUUGACACAGAUGUGUUUCAGGCGUGAUCAGUUCAGGCAGUGAGAUACCAAGCGUACGGUGGGUUCAACUUCUUUCAAAGGAUAUACCGUGUCCUACUCGCACAUCUCGGGUUCAGUGUAAACCGUAUUGUAAAGGGUAUAGAUCAAGGUGGUCGUAGAGUUACUUUAUUUUAGAACUGAAGACAUAUAGACGGGGUUUUAAACGCAGAAGAAAAUGCCUGUAGCUUCUCUCCUGCCUUUCACGGCCACUCCGAGUAGGAAGUCCAUCAGUCCGACCUCUUUUAGGCUCACAGAAAAAUUCGUCUUGCUUUUGGUGUUCAGCGGCUUUAUCACGCUGUGUUUCGGAGCUAUCUUCUUCUUGCCGGAUUCCUCUAAGCUGCUCAGCGGAGUUUUCUUCCGCUCGUCCUCGGUGGAGGCAGAGACGCGCACAGGUACGGUCAGCGACACGAGCACCGGGACGGGUAAGGAUGAGAAGAUCCUGGCCAAGAUCAGGAAAGACCACGAAAAGGCGCUUAUCGAGGCCAAGGACACCUUGCAGAAACGGGCGGACGAGAUCAAGCAGGACAUCAAGAGCGAGAAGGAGAAAGUUGCGCGAGACGAACAGGUGAAAGGCGGCAAAGGUGACAGCUUGCCCUUCGUUCAGUACGUGCGGCCGCCCGGAUCAACAGGGCACGAGCCGUCAGAUCCUGAUGUUAAAGCUAAAAGAGCCAAGAUUAAAGAGAUGAUGCAGUUUGCUUGGGACAAUUACAAGCGCUACGCCUGGGGCUCCAACGAACUGCGUCCUGUUUCUAAGCAGGGCCACUCAAGCAAUCUAUUUGGUAGUCUCAAAGGAGCCACCAUUGUGGAUGCGCUGGACACGCUCUACAUUAUGGAGAUGUAUGAUGAAUUUGAAGCUGCUACCGAGUGGGUGGAGAGCAACAUGGACUUUAACAUGAAUGCUGAAAUCUCCGUCUUUGAAGUGAACAUCCGCUUCGUCGGAGGGCUGCUGUCUGCCUAUUAUCUUUCAGGCAAAGAGGUGUUCAGGAAGAAAGCUGUUGAACUGGGAGAAAAGCUGUUGCCGGCUUUUAAGACCCCGACUGGUAUCCCUUGGGCUCUCCUCAACCUAAAGAGUGGGAUUGGCAGAAACUGGCCCUGGGCAUCAGGAGGAAGCAGUAUUCUGGCUGAAUACGGGACGCUGCAUUUGGAGUUUAUGCACCUCAGUGCACUUUCCGGGAAACCUGUGUUUGCCGAGAAGGUGAUGAACAUUAGAAAGGUGCUGAAUCGUUUGGACAAACCUCAAGGAUUGUACCCCAAUUACCUGAACCCUAACAGUGGACAGUGGGGCCAACAUCACGUCUCGGUGGGAGGUUUGGGGGACAGUUUCUAUGAGUACCUGCUGAAGGCCUGGAUCAUGUCAGACAAAAGUGAUGAGGAGGGAAAGAAGCUCUACUUCGAUGCCCUACAGGCAAUUGAGAAGAAUUUGAUCCGGAAGUCAAGCGGUGGGUUGACGUAUAUCGCCGAAUGGAAAGGUGGACUCCUGGAGCAUAAGAUGGGUCACCUGACCUGCUUCGCUGGUGGCAUGAUUGCUUUAGGGGCAGACGGAGCCCCCGAUGAUAAGACAGGCCACCAGAUGGAACUCGCAGCGGAGAUCGCCCGCACGUGUCACGAGUCUUAUGCCCGAACUAGUAUGAAGCUGGGCCCGGAGGCAUUCCGCUUCGACGGCGGAGUGGAGGCCAUCGCCACACGGCAAAAUGAGAAGUACUUCAUCCUGAGGCCAGAAGUCAUCGAGACGUACAUGUACAUGUGGAGGUUUACCCAUGACCCCAAAUACAGACAGUGGGGCUGGGAGGCCGUACAGGCUCUGGAGAAGCACUGUAGGGUGGAUGGGGGUUACAGUGGGGUGAGGGAUGUUUACGCAAACACACCCAACCACGACGACGUCCAGCAGAGCUUCUACCUGGCUGAGACACUCAAGUAUCUGUAUCUACUGUUCUCUGAUGACGACCAUUUGCCCUUUGAGCACUGGGUGUUCAACACCGAGGCCCAUCCUCUUCCUGUCAUUAAGAAGCAGAGCCCAGAGUUAGCCAAUCAUCUUAAGUAAUCGUAAUCCUACUACGAAGCUCCACUGAAAUGUAACUUCCUGGACCUGCUUUAACAGUGGACAAGAACUUUGGACUCAAAGUCCCUGUCCUCCAGGACUUUGCUGGAGCUUCCAGUUUCUCUUCACAGCCCUAGGUCAUGGAGCACCCACCCAUGGCUGAUUGUCCUCUGCUGUCUCUACUGAUGGGGUUCUGCAUGCUGCCCCUGUCCUCUCUCUUUGUCCUGAUGCUUUGGACAUGUCUCUGAGCCUCGGAGAUUUGAAGGACCAUAUCUCCUCUGUGAGGAGACUGGAUGUUUUCCACUGUACUAUUCAACUUGCCAUCUCACACACUUUAAAAAAAGCCAUAGGUAAUUCAAAUGCAUCAUUUUCCUUUUGUGUUUAUAGGAGCAAAUAUACGAAAAUCCACCUAACUUCACAGUUUCGUUCAGUUUUUGCUGUCAUUUGUAUUUUAUGAUUCUUAUUGGCCUGAAAUUGUUGUUUCUUUGGGUGUGGUUUGGCUUAGUUCAGUAUUUUGAGGCUUUAUUCGACAGCAAGGUAGUGAAACCAAGUCAACUAGUGCCUUUUAGUCUUGAUGAUAAAUUAAAUGUAACAUUAGUAAAGUCUUAAUAGCAACACUCUCAUUUAUUUUAGCUGUGUUUACAAUUUUGUGUGACCGAGGGCAUUAGCCUACUGUGCAGUUAAAGAGAUGACCAGAACAGUUUUAACCCUCUCACCCUCAUACUGGAACUGGUUUGAACGUAAGAAUCAAUCUUUUAUCAAUAUGCCAUUAAUUCAGAUUACUUUGCAAACAUUGCUGAUAAAAUGUGUACAAAAUUCGUUUGUUGUUUACUUAAUUAGUGGAGGAAAAGACUUUUUAUCCUAGAUAUGUAAAAUAGAGUUUUUGGUGUUAAUUUAUUACUUAAGACAUAGGAUUUUUUUGUCUUUUCCAUACUGAGGGCAGGGAACUAUGAAAGCCGGAUCCCACCAUGGAAUAAAUAAUAAAUAAAAGAGGCAAUUCUGAGUUUAUUAAGUCACAAUUGUGAGAAAUAAAGUCGAAAUAUAAAGUGCAAGAUAUAAAGUCGCAGUUGUGUGAUAAAAACUCAAAAUUGCGAUAUAUAAAGUAUAUAAAACCUCGCAGUUUCGACUUUAUAUCUCUCAAUUUCUAUUUCGAAAUGAUGCAACUAUUUCUCACAAUUGCGAAUAUAUAUUAUGAAUUGUGGCUUUAUAUACGUAUAUAUAACAAUUGCGAGUUUACGUUAUACAAUUGCGACUUUUCUAUCUCACUAACGUGAGAAAUAAAGUCAAAACUGUGAGAUAUAAAUUCAGAAUUACAGUUUUUAUUUUUUUUAUGUGGCAGGAUCAAGGCACCAUAAGGAUCAGUGAGGACUUUGCUUAGAUCUUUCUAAUCCAUUGGGAAAAUGUUAGGAAGACACAGGCAGCAUCAGUCAAAAGGGGAGUUAAUAUUUGUAUGAAUGUACCACCAAAUGUGAACUGAAAAUACUUUGGCCUAGUUGUUGUGAUUUUUAUGAUUUUUUUCUGUUUGUUUGUUUAAUGUUUCUUUUAACAUGAAAGCACAAAAUGAUGAAUCAGUAUCUUCGGGUUCUCUGUAAAGAAAAGAAUAGGAAUAUUACUGUAGGACAGAGUGACAGCACAAGCGAGUAGUUUCGUAUAAGGAAAAGAUGCAAGGAAAACCUAUGAAUGCAAAGCAGUCCACUGCACUGGAUAGAAUACACACACACACAUAUAUCAAACAAGGAAGAAGCUCACAACUAAUAAGAAAAGAUGGGGAUAUGUCAUGCUGUUGGAUCUGAUGUGUUGCUGGACAUAUGUAUACAUACACACAUACACUACAUCUUUUAUUAAAUGACUGUAUUCCAGCUCAUGAAGGAACAGACCAAUUAUAUUUCAAUGUAUGUUUUCAUAAAUUGAAACCUCAAAAGUGAGAUUGGUCUGUUACAGAGUGGGGCUGCUGCUACUGUAUGCCACACUCUGUCUUUUAUUCCCAGGUUUGGGCAGUGUUCCUAAAACUAGUCCCACAGAUAUUCACAGUACUAAGCCAGUAGGUGUAGUUCUUUAAACAGCUUUAACCAAUGAAAAUCCCUGGCAUGGUUUAAGGGAUAGUUCACCCCCCUAUUUUGCAAUAAUUUACCAUCCCUCAUGUCCUUCUAAAACUGACUGUCUUUUUUUCAAAUGCGAAACACAAAAGGAGCAUUUUUAAUGAAUAUCCCUGUUUUUAUGCUCAAUAAAAUUGCAGUUGAUUGUGAUCACUUUACAGGUUUAAAGGGAACCAACGUAUCAUAAAAGUAGUCCUUGAGGCUCAUGCGUCAUCAAGUCUUCUGAAGGCAUACGAUAGAUUUUUUUAAGUGUAAAUCUUUCCUGGGUCCUGUUUUAAGCUUUAAAGUGAAUCAUUAUCAACUGCCAUUGUAUUGAGAAGAAGAACAUAUUCAUUAAAAACUUUUCGUUUAAAGGAAUGUUCUGAAUACAAGUUAAGCUCAAUCGAAAGCUUUUGUGGCAUAAUGUUGAUUACCACAAAAACGAAUUUUCUUUAAAAAAAAAAAGAAGCUCAAAUCUGGGUUACAGUGAGGCACUUACAAUGGAAGUGAAUGGGACCAAUUUUUGGAGUGUUUAAACAGAAAUUUGAAGCUUAUAAUUUUAUAAAAGCCCUUACAUUAAUUCUUCUGUUAAAACUUAAAGCAGUAAAUAAUUUUAAAUCAUAAUUUUUACAGUCAUUUUAGGGUUUGUUGACAUUAUAUCGUCAUGGUAACGAAGUUGUAAAACUGGCUAUAACUUUACACAGAAAAGUUUAGUAAGCUAUAUUAUCACACUAAAAUCAUGUUUACACGCAUAUCAUUUAUGUCUCGUGGUUAUACUUUUGAAAAAGUGAGUAUUUUAACGUUAAAAUAUUCACUUCCAUUGUAAGUGCCUCACUGGAACACAGAUUUUUGCUUUUUUUAAAGUUAAUUAAUUUUUGUGGUAAUCAACAUUAUGCCACAAAUGCUUUCGAUUGAGCUUAACUUGUAUUGAACCUGGAAUAUUCCUUUAAUGUAUUAUACUGUUGGAUCUAAUGAUAUUUUACAUUGUACCUCCCAGAGAUUCCUCGAGGCCGAUGACUGCAAUUGCAAUAUUUUUCGGUAUGCUACCGGACUGCAUACUGUCAAAGCUAAGAACCAAGACAAAUGGAAGUAACGUCAGCUCAUCUCGGGGGAAGCCUGUCAUAAAAACACUGACACUGUAGAUGAGACAUCAUAUUCACUGUAUUGACGAUACAGAGAAUCUAAACGAUGUUUAGCACUGCCGCGGUUUAGCGCGGACUAGCGAUUUGUGCCGUCUCUUUAGUGAAAGUGGCUCCUUAAGCUGAGUUUACAUCAUGGCGGUGUAUUCACAGCAGGUCAGUCAAGUCAAGUUAGGUGACACUUUCACACGUUUCCUUGCAUCUUGUUUCAGUUUGCAUAAUAGAAGAUGUGCUUUUCUGGAUUAAAAAUGUGUUUAAAUAUUGUGUUGAUGUUUGAUCUUGCAUAGCAAAUGCCUUUUUUUGUGUGAUUCUUGUUGAUUGUUAUUUCUUCAUGAGACAACCUCAGAAAUGUAACUGUACAAAAUUGCUGAUAAUCAUUCCAAUUGCACAUAGUUUGAUUUAUUAUUAUUAUUAUUAUUAUUAUUAUUAUUAAAUAUAUAUAUGCAAUUAGUUUUGUGGGAAAUUGUUGUUUGGUUUUAUUUUUUCUUUUACAUUUUUUAAUUGUACAUACUUCAUUCUGGCAAUCUGCCAACCAUCAUUUAUAUAAAUCAUAUGAUCUUACGUAAUACAUUAUAUUAAAGAGCAGCAAAAGUUUUUUGAUAAACUAUAUUUGUUACACUUAAAUUGUGAAUAAAACAAUCUUUUAAUAUAA